CGCCAGGAGCGCGUCAUGUUUGACAAGAUCACCUCCCGUAUCCAGAAGCUCUGCUACGGCCUCAACGCUGACUUCGUGGACCCUGCACAGAUCACCAUGAAGGUGAUCCAGGGGCUGUACAGUGGUGUGACCACGGUGGAGCUGGACACGCUGGCGGCAGAGACAGCUGCCACCCUGACCACCAAGCACCCUGACUACGCCAUCCUGGCCGCCAGGAUUGCCGUCUCCAACCUGCACAAGGAAACCAAGAAAGUCUUCAGUGAUGUGAUGGAUGAUCUGUACAGCUACAUCAACCCCCACAACGGGAAACACUCCCCAAUGAUCUCCAAGGAGACCCUGGACAUCGUCCUGGCCAACAAGGAUCGCCUGAACUCUGCCAUCAUCUACGACAGAGACUUCUCCUACAACUACUUUGGCUUUAAGACCCUGGAACGCUCCUACCUGCUGAAAAUCAACUCCAAAGUGGCUGAGCGCCCCCAGCACAUGCUGAUGAGGGUGGCCGUGGGCAUCCACAAACAGGACAUCGAUGCUGCCAUCGAGACCUACAACCUGCUGUCCGAGAAGUGGUUCACCCACGCCUCCCCCACGCUCUUCAACGCCGGCACCAGCCGCCCCCAGCUCUCCAGCUGCUUCCUGCUGUGCAUGAAGGAUGACAGCAUUGAGGGCAUCUAUGACACCCUGAAGCAGUGUGCCCUCAUUUCCAAGUCUGCUGGGGGCAUUGGCCUUGCUGUGAGCUGCAUCCGAGCCACAGGCAGCUACAUUGCUGGGACAAAUGGGAACUCCAACGGGCUUGUUCCAAUGCUGAGGGUCUACAACAACACAGCUCGGUAUGUGGAUCAAGGUGGAAACAAGAGACCUGGGGCUUUUGCCAUCUACCUGGAGCCAUGGCACCUGGACAUCUUUGAGUUCCUGGACUUGAAGAAGAACACUGGGAAGGAAGAGCAGAGAGCCAGAGACCUCUUUUUUGCACUCUGGAUUCCUGAUCUCUUCAUGAAGAGAGUGGAAACCAACCAGGAUUGGUCCUUAAUGUGCCCAAAUGAGUGUCCUGGCCUGGAUGAUGUCUGGGGAGAGGAAUUUGAGAAGCUCUAUGAGAGCUACGAGAAGCAAGGCCGCGUGCGCAGGGUGGUGAAGGCCCAGCAGCUCUGGUAUGCCAUCAUCGAGUCCCAGACGGAGACUGGCACUCCUUACAUGCUCUACAAGGACUCCUGCAACAGGAAGAGCAACCAGCAGAACCUGGGCACCAUCAAGUGCAGCAACCUGUGCACUGAGAUUGUGGAGUACACCAGCAAGGAUGAGGUUGCAGUGUGUAACUUGGCCUCCAUAGCCCUGAACAUGUAUGUGACCCCUGAGCACACCUAUGACUUCAAGAAGUUGGCUGAGGUCACCAAAGUCAUCGUCCGAAACCUCAACAAGAUCAUUGACAUCAACUACUACCCAGUGCCAGAGGCUGAGCGCUCCAACCGGCGCCACCGCCCCAUUGGCAUCGGCGUGCAGGGCCUGGCCGAUGCCUUCAUCCUCAUGAGGUUCCCCUUCGAGAGCCCCGAGGCCCAGCUCCUCAACCAGCACAUCUUUGAGACCAUCUACUACAGUGCCCUGGAGGCCAGCUGCGAGCUGGCCAAGGAGCAGGGCCCCUAUGACACCUAUGAGGGCUCUCCCGUCAGCAAGGGGAUCCUCCAGUAUGACAUGUGGAAUGUCACUCCUUCAGACCUGUGGGACUGGAAGGCCUUAAAGGAGAAGAUUGCCAAAUAUGGUGUCAGGAACAGCCUUCUCCUUUCCCCUAUGCCAACUGCUUCUACUGCUCAGAUCUUGGGCAAUAACGAGUCCAUCGAGCCCUACACCAGCAACAUCUACACACGCAGGGUCCUCUCAGGGGAGUUCCAGGUGGUGAAUCCUCACUUGCUGAAGGAUCUCACAGAGAGAGGCUUGUGGAAUGAGGAGAUGAAGAACCACAUCAUCGCCCACAACGGCUCCAUCCAGAACAUCCCUGAGAUCCCUGAGGACCUGAAGCAGCUCUACAAGACAGUGUGGGAGAUCUCCCAAAAGACCAUCCUGAAGAUGGCUGCGGACAGAGGAGCUUUCAUCGACCAAAGCCAAUCCCUCAACAUCCACAUCGCUGAACCCAACUAUGGGAAGCUCACCAGCAUGCACUUCUAUGGCUGGAAGCAGGGCCUGAAGACUGGGAUGUACUACCUCCGCACAAAACCAGCUGCCAACCCCAUCCAGUUCACCCUGAACAAGGAGAAGCUGCGGGAAAAGGUCUCAAGGGAAGAGGAGGAGAAGGAGAGGAACAAGGCAGCCAUGGUGUGCUCCUUGGAGAACCGGGAGGAGUGCCUGAUGUGUGGCUCCUAACCAUCCCAGCUGGCCAGUGCCUGCUGGGAUGGGAGCAGCCAGGGGAACAGGAGGGAGCAGGGUUGGGUUGGGUGUAGCUUCCCAAUCC